GCGCAGACUACACAGAUCAUUCAUUCUUUCUCAAUAAUCCAUUUACAUCUGCAGCUGAAACUUUGAAAAUCGCCAUGUCCAAGAAAAGAGGUUUGUCAUUGGAAGAGAAACGGGAGAGGAUGCUUCAAAUCUUUUAUGACUCUCAAGAUUUUUACCUUCUCAAGGAACUUGAAAAGUUGGGUCCCAGAAAAGGCGUUAUCAGCCAAUCUGUCAAGGAUGUUGUUCAAAGUCUAGUGGAUGAUGACUUGGUCUCAAAAGACAAGAUAGGAACCUCGGUCUACUUUUGGAGUCUUCCUAGCUGUGCCGGAAAUCAGUUAAGAAAUGUGUCCAAGAAACUUGAGUCAGAACUUCAAAGCAGCAAGAAGCGGCAUGUAGAGCUUGUGCAGCAAUGCGAGUCCCUAAAGAUAGGCCGAGAGGAUUCAGAUGCACGCGAAGAGGCUUUAAGCGAGCUCAAAGCCAUUCAAGAGAAGUAUAACAAACUGAAAGAUGAAAUGGGACAGUAUGCAGACAAUGAUCCAGCCACAUUUGAAGCAAUGAAGGAAGCUAUUAAAGUUGCCCACGAAGCAGCUAACAGAUGGACAGACAAUAUUUUCACUUUGCGCCAGUGGUGCUCAAACAAUUUCCCUCAGGCCAAGGAACAGCUUGAACACUUGUACAAUGAGGUAGGGAUAACAGAUGAUUUCGACUAUCUGGAGUUACCAGCAGUAAUCCCUCAUAAGCAAGUUCAGGAACAGAUACUAGAAGCCACACGCUAAUAUCAUUUUCGUAAGUCGUUACAUAACUGCAUAUUUCAUUACCAUAAACAUGGAACUCCUCUAGUAUUGUGACAUCCAGAAACUAGAAUCCAGAUUAUAGAAUCGAAUGCCCAGAACACCCUUUUGGCCUCCUUUUUUGGUUAGUUUAUUUUUCACAUGGUUUUCCCCUGAAGGUGUGAACAAUUUUUAA